GGAUGCGCCCGGCCCUGAGAGGCGAUAUAAAGCGUCGCGCCUCCCAGUCGCUUCGCCUGCAACGUUCACGGAUCUUAGCUGUGGUGGCGGCCGUCGCUCUCCCGCGCUCUCCGUGGAGCCCUGCGUCCUCCUGACCAGUCUAUGGUGUUUCCUGGAGCCCCCGGCCCCGUCAUGUCGCGCUCGGAAGAGGUGCAUCGGGUCACCGAGAAUGUCUACAAGACAAUCAUGGAACAAUUUAAUCCUAGCCUCCGGAACUUCAUAUCCAUGGGAAAGAACUACGAAAAGGCCUUGGCAGGUGUGACAUAUGCUGCAAAAGGAUAUUUUGAUGCCCUGGUUAAAAUGGGAGAAUUGGCCAGUGAAAGUCAAGGAUCAAAAGAAUUAGGGGAUGUCCUGUUCCAGAUGGCUGAAGUCCAUAGACAGAUUCAAAAUCAGUUAGAAGAGAUGCUGAAGUCCUUCCACAAUGCUACACAGCUUGAGCAGAAAGUAGAGCUAGAUUCACGGUAUUUAAGUGCUGCACUAAAGAAGUACCAGACCGAGCAAAGGAAUAAAGGGGACGGAGUAGAGAAAUGCCAGGGUGAAUUAAAGAAGCUUCGGAAGAAGAGCCAAGGAAGCAAAAAUCCUCAGAAGUAUUCGGAUAAGGAGCUGCAGUUUAUUGAAGCAAUGACCAAUAAACAAAGUGAACUGGAGAACUAUGUAUCUGAUGGUUACAAGUUGGCACUCACAGAAGAGAGGCGGCGAUUUUGUUUCCUGGUGGAGAAGCAGUGUGCAGUGGCCAAAAAUGCUCUUACGUAUCACUCCAAGGGAAAAGAUAUCUUGGCACAGAAGCUCCCAUUAUGGCAACAAUCUUGUUCAGAUCCCAACAAGAUCCCAGACCGUGCUCUCCAGCUUAUGCAGCAGAUGGCCCUCAGCAGCAAUGGCUCAAUGAUGGCUACACCUCUGUCAACAUCCAAGUCAAAUCUCAUCAUCUCGGACCCUAUACCUGGUGCCAAACCUCUCCCAGUCCCUCCAGAGCUGGCACCUUUUGUAGGACGAAUGUCUGCACAAGAGACCAUUCCAGUAAUGAACGGUGUCUCGGGCUCAGAAGGUGAAGAUUACAGUCAUUGGUCUGACCGAAAGCCGCCUCAGCCGAAGUCCUUAUCCCCACCACAAACUCAGAAGCAAUUGAGUGAUUCUUACUCCAAUACUCUCCCUGUGCGUAAAAGCGUAAUGCCGAAAAACAGCUAUGCAGCCACUGAAAACAAGACACUUCCCCGUUCCAGUUCCAUGGCAGCAGGAUUAGAAAAAAAUGGCCGAACAAGAGUGAGAGCCAUUUUCUCUCAUGCUGCUGGUGACAACAGCACCCUUCUGAGCUUCAAGGAGGGGGACCUUAUUACGUUGCUAGUGCCUGAGGCCCGAGAUGGCUGGCAUUAUGGAGAGAGUGAAAAGACCAAAUUGAGAGGCUGGUUUCCUUUCUCCUACACACGUGUGUUGGACAGUGAUGGGAGCGAUAGAUUACAUAUGAGCCAGGGGAAAAGCAGUAGUACAGGCAACCUGUUGGACAAAGAUGAUAUCCCCCCUCCCGACUACAGCACGUCCUCCCGAACUUUCCAGGCACCGAAUGUCAGCACUUUCAAACAGAGGCCGUACAGCGUGGCGGUGCCACCAUUCCCCCAGGGACUGGAUGACUAUGGGGCAAGACCCUCAAGCAGGAAUCCUUUUGCCAACAUCCAGCUCAAACCAACGGUGACAAAUGAUCGUUCAGCUCCUGUCAUCAGCUGAUCCAGAAAUGUUGGGUUACGGCGGGUACCUUGCACCUUUUGAUUUCCCUUUCACCUAUGUUGUAUUUCUGUGAGGUCCUUUGUACAGUUUACAUGUCUUUCCCUCCAACUCUGUUUUGGUAGUUAAAUGGCAUUUAAAUGGCGUGCUGGUGUGCUUUUCCUUUUGCUCAUUAGAAAUACCAGAGAAACUUGACCCUUGGAGAACGAUGAGUUUUAAAAAGGAUGCUAUACGCUGCUAUAUUGGGUGGAGACCCAGAUAGACCAGAAAGCAGGCCCUGCCUUCUUUGCCUUUGCAGCAAUAUGCAACGUUCAUAAAUGUUUUUUAAGAAUAGCCACGGAGAUAGAUGAACCUUGCAGUUUUGCAGUGUCCUAGGCUUGUCAGUUAACGUUUCUCCUGGAAAUCCUUUUUCAUCUCUUAUCAAAACCUAUGGAUUUGAACAGGACUUCCGAGCUGUCAAGAGAAGCUUUGGGGCUGCCUAAGGCCGUCAGAUGAAAUGCACCACACAGACCCUGCUCACUUAACACUUGGAACGGACACGGACUUGAAUCUUCCGAAGGGCUUCCUGGCAGCUCCCUCCUUGCCUUGCGUUGGACUUUUGCUGGAUAAAAGUAAAAGUUUUACUGAAUCAAUAUCUAGAAGAGCUGGGCUCCUCAAAGCAAUUGUCUCAAUUUGACACUUUAACUUUUUUAUUAAUGGUCUUUUCUCUCCUAAUGGUCCUACAUCUAUGCUUGUCUGUGAUGAUCCUUAUGCCGCAAGGCCUACUGAUGGCUAAGUUAUUGUGCAUACCUUUUCCAGCAAGAUAGGAUGGUUGGGGAAUGUUAUGCAGCAAAGGAAUAUUUUCUGUGUGCAACUAGCACCAUCUGUUGCUUGAGUACUUGUUUUAUUUCUCUGUAGCUUUAAAUAGACCAAGGAGGGACCAUUAAAAAGCUAGUUUAGUCCUACAAUGCCCAAACUCCCUUUGCUGUGUCUUCUUACUGACACAUCUUGACUGGUGCAGGUGUGUCUUCUGUUGCCAAAACAAGUUAGUUUAGACAGCUUGACCUCUGCCUUGCUAUUGGGUCCAUGCUGUUUGAAAGGUCCUUUGUUCUGUGACUAAGCCAAUACUGUAUUCCUGGUUUGUUUGUUUUUUAUUUUUCUUUUUAAGUUGCACUUGCCUUCUAAAGUAGAUGUUAAUUCAGUCACAAAUAAGCUUCUUUUUUUCCGUUCUGUCCUAUUGGCUCUCAAAGUCUGGUAAGAUGUGACGAAGACCAUUCAGCUCGCUCCUUCUAUUUAUGUAACCCAAGAUUAGGGAGUAGUUCUAGGAAACAAUAGUUAUCAAAAUGGAACUGGACUUACCCAGCAUUUGGAGUGCUCUUAUGGUUUGAAUUCCAGUUAUAGCACCAGAGUGAUAAUGAGCAAAAGUCUUUCUAAAGUCAUCUGAUCCUUUGCACAACCUGAAGUCAUUUGCAGCUGCUUCCCCCCCUCCCAGUGGCUUUAAAAAGCAGUCACAGCUGCCUCAAAUAUAAAUUUAUCAACCUUAUCAUUAUAAUCAUUCAAGUUCAAAUGUGAUAAUAGUUUCUGUGCUCUCUGUUCUCAAUUUCUGAAAAAACAUCGACUGGUUUCUGUGAUACACUUAGCCCAGAAUUGUAUUGUCUGGCUUAAUGUGUUGAGUGAACCCAAUCAUUGUGGUUUAUUCAGUAAAUCAAAGUUAAACCAUGGCUUAGCAUGCUAUCUAGAUCCUGUUUAGGUCUCCCAUGCAAACUUGGAGACUUUCUGUUAGUGAGCAUUUCCAUCACAACUUGUACAUUUCCCUGUGGCUUAUGAUACACAAAUAUAAAUAUCUCAAAAUCUAUAUUUUUAUACAAAGAAACAGCUACAGAAAAUUUCUAACUCUAAUAGUUCAGAUAAGGCCGCAAUCCUAAGGAAAAUUAUUUAAAAGAUGAAGCUCACUGGCCUUAUUUUUGAUCACAUGUGCAACAGUUGCCUUAAUAUUGCAUCUUCUAUUACAGUUUUUUUUCCUUGAAAAUCAUUUUUCCAAUUGUUUAAUCAUUUACUUUAUAGUCUCUGUUCACAUUGUACUGCUUUAAAAAAUUGCUUUGUGUGUGUGUUGUGUAUGCAUUUUUAAAAAGUCAAACUUUGCCAAAUUAUUAUUUUUUCUUUAAGGAGGAAGAUUGAUUUAUAGCUCCUUUCAUUGCUCCACUCUCAAACCAGUUCCUUUCUUAACAUAAUAUUUGCAGCAGUGCACCUUUUGCUCUGGAAUUAUUUAGAUCUGUGUUUCUCAAGCCUAGCAAGUUGAAAUCCAUACAUCUUAAAAGUUACUAAGGCUGAGAAAUUUUGAUUUAGAUUAGGGCUGUCAAACUUGCAUCGUUAUGGCAGCAUCACAUGACGUAUCAGGAUUUUUUCCCCUUUGCUAAACUAGGCGUGGCCAGCACAUGAUGCAUCUGGCCCGCGGGCUGUGAGUUUGACAGCCCUGAUUUAGAUGAUUCAAGGCAAAUAGGAACUCUAGCUUGGCAAAUUGAGCUUAGGGGUGGCAGGGCUGUCGGCUCCUAGACAGGAUCAAGACUUGCGGGAGGGAGGGAGAGGGUCCAUCUGCAAAUGUUUUUUGAGGGAAGGUUGACCAUAGUCACUUUUUAAAUUAACUGGAUUUUCAUACCGUUCUUCCCACCCUAAUUGGUACAUCUUCCUAUUUGAACUAUUGAAAUAAUUUCUCCUCAACAGGUCCAGGAGCAUGAAAUAAUUACUGUACUAUAUGUAAAAGUUGGCACAGCAUUAAAAUGGCUGAGGAUGCAUCUGAGCAAUUCAACCGAAUUAUGUGGCUGAGAGUUUUGUAAAAUGUAAUCCCAGUGCUUGAGGGAAGCAGCAGGUUGGGAAAGCUGCUUUAGAGAGUGUUACUUGAUCAGUUUAUGCUCUUCAAGAGUCUCUUUUGUUAGGACUUGGAGAUUAAAAGGUUUCUCCUGGA